AUGUCGUGGCUAAGAACAGCCGUGAACAGAGCAGUGGAAGUAGGAGGCAACAACAACAUCACAAGAAAGGUUCGCAAUUACGCCGACACCGUCGUAUAUCACGCCGGCAAUGCUGUUUCUGAAGGCGCCAAAAUCAUCCAGGACCGCAUCGGUCCAAGGAAUUGGAAGAGCUUAAGGCACACGGUGAAGAGACUGGAGGAGGUCUCAGUAUCGUGUAGAGGCGUAGAGAGAGUUCAGUUGCUGAGGAGGUGGCUGGUUGCUCUUAAAGAAAUUGAGAGACUGACUGCUGAUAAAACCCAUGAUAAUAAUGAAAAAAACCAAGAUGAAAUGCUUAAUUCUGAUGAUCCCAAGGAUUCUCCUACAAAACCCACUUUAGUUUAUUAUGGAGACCCUGAUGUGGAAGGUGAGCUCAUGAAUUUUCGAGAUGUAUUUCUUCGUAGUCAAGCCCUUGAAGGCAUAACAUUGUCAAUGAUUCUUGAAGCACCAAACGAGGAAGAACUUUUGCUACUUCUGGAGAUAUUUGGGCUUUGUCUCACAGGAGAAAGGAAAGUUCAUAAUGCAGUAAUGAAUAGUAUACAAAAUUUAGCAACCAAAUUCUCUAGUUAUCAGGAUGAAGUACUGGUAAAACGGGAAGAACUACUCCAAUAUGCUCAAGAUGCAAUUGCUGGGCUCAAAAUCAAUGCUGAUCUUGCAAGAAUUGAUGCUGAAGCCCAGACUCUUAUAGAGAAACUUGACAAUAUGAAUGCUCGCCAGCAGUCUUCAAAUGAAUGUCAAACAAAAUUAUCUGAAGAAAUUACCGGUUCAUCACUCAAGGUUGAUAAAUUGAAAGUUCUGUCAGAGUCUCUUGUUAGUUCCUCCUCAAAGGCCGAGAAACGCAUUUUAGAUCACAGAUAUCAAAAAGAAGAGGCGCUCAGAUUUCGUGUUGCUAGAACCAAUGAAGUUAGCCAACUGGAGACGGAACUGGCCAUGGAAAUUGGACAGCUUGAGACACAAAAGGAUGAACUUGAAGCUGAAUUGAAACAGGUGAAUACCUCAUUGGCUUCUGCUCGUGCACGCCUGCACAAUACUAGGGAAGAGCGAGAGCAAUUUGAUGAAGCAAGUAAUCAGAUUCUUGAGCACUUGAAAUCGAAGGAAGAUGAGCUGUCAAGAUCGAUUUCCUCAUGUAGAGUCGAAGCAGACAUUGUUAAUAGAUGGAUUAAUUUCUUGGAAGAUACUUGGGUUCUCCAGAGUAUGUUCAUUGAAGAAAAGGAAAAGAAAGUCAAUGAGGAAUUGGAUACGCAUGGAGAAUAUUUUGUUCAUCUGGUUAUUCAUCUUCUCUCUACUUAUAAGGACCAAUUGGAACCUUCUGUUGCUCCAAUUAAAAAACUGGUGGAAGAGCUUCAACCAACAGAAGGGUCAGAAGCAGCUAAAAGUAGAGAUACUGAAAAUUCACAAUUAAAGAGCCUAAAAAGAUUUCUCAAAGAGGAAUAUCUGGAGUUUGAAGCCAAGUUUCUGACAACCCUAAGCAUAGUCGAUGAAGUUAAAAGGCAGUUCUAUGCUCAAAAUGAAGGCAAUUCCAGGAAAAAUGACAAGAGGAUCAUUGAGCUAUGUAAUGCUCUUGACAAAAUAAAAGAAGAUUUUGAAUUCAUUGAGAGAGUAAUUUCAGAACUUGAGACUUCGGCUCAAAGAUCAGAGUCACCACCUUCCCGUGAUAAUAAACCUAGUCAAAAUCAACACUAUAUCCCAAUGGGCGCCUCAGGUUCACCAGAACACAAACACAAUUGGAAAGUAAAAUAUCUCUCAAUGAAAAAAAAGGCUGAGACAGAUAUAGUUAAACUGGAGUCGGAAUUUGAGGAUAGUGCACCCUCAUCAACAGAGGAUAUCGGUGAAUGGGAGUUUGAUGAACUCGAAAAGGAGCUGAACAUCAGUGGCUAA